AUGGCACAAACAGGAAGCUCUUCUGUUGUAGUCACUGAUGUGCAGUCUACACCCCCGGUUGAUGAACUCAAAGAAUAUGAAAAGAUCCUCAGAAUCAGUGAGGAAAUCUUUGCAGGAACUCACCCCAGACUUAAGAUCCCCGAUCUGUUUGUACGCAAAACCCCUUCGCGUCCGCAACAGCCAUCAACUGCACCAGCAGUGACUAAAAGCCCCCACGACCCAAAAACAAAAAUCGCGCUGGUCGAGUCGUUGGGGGCAGAGUUUCGACCUCCACAGCCACAGGCUAUUUCGUCUGCUGUGUCACUCGCAAAAACUGCGUCGUCCGUAGUCCCAAAGCCAAAACCUGCGUCCGGUCUCGACCCAAUCUUUCUAACAAAGUCCGAUGAUCUCGUACGGGCAGAGUUACAACUGCGGAGGAGAAGGAUAGAAAACAUACUGAAGGAACAGUUCGAGCGAAGCAAAAACGAGCCAAGACAGAAGACUGCCCUUGACGCAAAGCCAGACUUUGACGUUACCGAGAUUCUGAACAAGGCUUUGGAAAUUGUUAAGCCUCUGCCAUCACCGGUUGAGCCGGUGGUACAUGACGCGAUCCCUAGCGAUUCUGUCGAUGAGACUUCUUUGUAUUCUAGUAGAGCCCCUGAUUCUCCACUGACAUGGGAUUACGAGAAGCAAGCUCCAUCGGAACCAGACCGCCAGGCUCUUGGUCAAACCAAGGGCAAAGCCCCGCAGGUCGACGGAAGAAAAGCCGCUGAUACUGGUUCUCGGAUCUUGCAAGGUACUACUGACAAAGCUCUUCUUCCUCAGGGUCGAAUUCAACUCGUACCGACGGAGCCCAACCAGCCACAAGAGCAGAUGGUCAUUGAUGAACCGGAAUACUCUCCUCCCGAGCCUACUGUGCCUGUCGUUGAGGUUGGAGCGGAUGAUGAGUAUCAACCUCCCGAGGUGCUUGAUUCCACAGGUCAAACCACUUUUGCACCACAACCAUCUGCUGUUUCCUCCAAUUUGAGAGUCGUGAGGAACCACAUAACUUCCCCUGCUGCUCCACAGCCAUCAAGGGUAUCACCCUUGGCAACUGCUAAAGCUCCUUCAGUUCAUCGAAUGUUAUCAACUACACCCAGAGAACGCGAUUACAUUGAAGGUGACACGUCAGAUCCGUACUCUAGGCAGACGAGUCCCGACGGUCCAAUUCAGCAACAGCUUCUUCCUCGAAAGCGACGGCGCGUACAAGAACCACAAAGCAGAAUUGAAGUACGGCCUACAGACGCUACUGAGACCCGUGUCAAGCUGGAGCCGGUCUCACCGCCGCCGUUCCAUGAUACACCCCCUUCAAGAGUGUACCGGGCUUCAGAACACCCUGUGUAUAUUGAUAUCUCUUCACCCCAAUAUGUGCCGUCAGUGGAUCGCCGAGAAUAUGUCUCUAGGGAACCUUUUCACGAAUUGGAUCCUCGAUAUGAAAGUAGUGGCCGUGGAUAUAUUACCCCGGCUGAAGCUAGUGUUCGAGCAGUGUCUCGCCUGAGCAGUCGAAGGCUAGUACGUGACAAUCAGGACUUACGAAGGGUUGCUAGCCUACAUAACGCGCGAAACCCGGACAAUGCUCCCCAUGAAGUUAUCGAGCCGGUGCUUCGACCCCAGUCAGCGGCACAGGCAUCGCCCUUUACCGUUGUCGACCGCCAACCAAUUGAGAAGCCAGCAUACUACGAGGAAGUCAUUCCUACGUAUUCUAGGCGAUAUUCACAGUUCGAGGACUAUCCCCCAUCCUCAAGGUAUCGUGAAUAUUAUGUGGACGAUGGUGCAGGACCACGGUACAUAGAGCCGGCACCACCGCGACGGAUCGUGGUGGAUGAGUAUGGCAACCAGUAUUAUGAAAUGGUCCCAGCUUCUAAAAUACGACGGGAACCAUUGCCCACACGAGUCGUGCGGCCUGAUGAAUACGCCGAACGGGCCUAUAUUCGCAGUGCCAGUGUUCGUGCGCCAUCGAUUGUUGAUGAUGGAUACGGCGGCCGACAAUACGUUCAAGAAAUGGCCCCGCCUUCAGGCACUUAUCGACGAUUAGCUGACCAUGGACGGAAUAUCAGCGAGACUCAACGGCUGUACCCAACACGGGCGGUCGUAGAUCGGGAGAGCGUUUUUCGAAGCGGGAGUGUUGCGGUUGACUACGCACCAGUGCCAGUGCCUCGACAAGCUACUGCUUAUAUUGAAGAAGAAAUCCCACGAAAUAGACUAGUGCGGACAUCUAGUGUGCGGCCGCCAUCUAGCCGCUAUGAGCCGCAACACCGCGAGGGACUACAUCGUGUACCAAGUGUUAGACCCGGUGGACGAGAGGUAAGCGUGUACAUGGAUGAAGACGGCCGCCACAUGGCGCGUGAAUACAGCGAACGGCCGGGGUAUGCAGCAGCAGUUCGUCCAGAGCGUCCAAGUAGAUAUCUUACAGAGGAAGACGGGACACGAAUGGAUAUCGAGGGAGCGGGAGAUGUCGUGCAUCGAGUGGCUCCUCGAUAUUAG